CUUAUUAUAGUGUAUCUGUGAUAGCUUUGCUCCGGGUUGUUCUUGUGAUGCUCUAUUUGACAAAUAGAAAUAUGUUUUGUGAUGAAAUAACAUUGCAUGAAAAUAGUGGAGCAACUGAGAUUCUGUUGGCGGAUAAUCUAUAAAUUUUGUUUGAGAGAAUCAGUAGCUUAAUUUUGUAUGGAUGUUGGGCUAAACUGCCGUAUUGCCUCUGAAAAGAAAGCUUGGGGGUUGUUAAUGGUUGAUUUGACUCAGUUUUAUGUGGGUUUGGUGAAACUCUGUGGCAACUGGUGAGGUAUCUUGUUUUGGUUUCGAACCCUUUUUGUUAAUGUUCUAUCAUCCAUGAGAGUUGAAAUAUUCCUGUUGUUUGCUUGUUUAAAAAUUGCCUUUUCUCUUGACAAAGAUGAAGGUAUUGUCUUUAGACCCCAGAAAGCUUGUUGCUUGCUUUUGAUGUUAGCACCAUUUAUUAGCAGGAUAUUGAUGUAUCCAUUAUUUCUGUAAAACUAUAGGAGAGAGUUAAUGUUGGUUUGGUUAUUGAAGUUAAGAGCGAGCAACAAAUUGUGUGGAUGGGGCCAGCCUGAAGGCAUUUGAGUAACAAGUCUGUCAUUUAUGGGAAUUCUGAAUCCAGGUCAGUUGUAGCUUCAAUGUAGCUAAGGUACAUGGUACAGAUUUAUUACCGUGAAGAGAUUGUAAAGGAACUUGAGAGUUCAUGGGAUGGUCUGGAGGAAUCGGUUAGACUGUUAUCUAGAGCUAAUAUAUGAUUUGCAGGAAAAAUCAGGUUCUAAGACAAUCUGUAAGAACCCCUUUACUCAAGGAUGUUGUACCUGUUCUUUUGAACUCAAAUCACACCCCUAACCGAGUCUGUAACCUCUUUCUAUAGAAAGCAAAAUGAGAACUAAUUAGGUGUCUGAUAGGCGAGUUGUUGAGAAAUUAGAGGAAGCGAGGCUGAAGUUUCCCGUCAGAGAAGUUUUUCCUUUAUGAAGUUGACGACUUGGAUCUCGUCUUAAUGCACCAACAGUAGCGAAGUCUUUGGAAAGAAACUUGAUAUUUAGCAAAUCGCGACCAUUCUUGGUAGAGAUCAUCUUGCACUUCCCUCAUCUCACAGGUUCUUUUCUUUGUUUGAAACUUGAUAUUUAUCAUAGGUAAUUCUUCAUAGAGAUCAACCUUACACUUUCCUCAUCUCACACGUUGUUUCCUUUUUUUGAAACUUGAUAUUUACCAUCGGCAAUUCUUCGUAGGGACCAACCUUGCACUUUCCUCAUCUCACAAGUUCUUUCCUUUUUUUGAAACUUGAUCUUUAUAAGCCAACGACAAUUCUUGGAAUGGGCCAACCUGCACUUUCCUCAACUCACAAGUUAUUUACCUUUCCUUUUCUUUUCGGCUGGUUAGAGGGUCACUUUUCUGUCACCAUUUAUUUUCCCUGAAAUAUGAUUAAUCCUGCUUAAUACUUGAAGCAAAGCUAUUAGCGAAUACCAUUUGUUUUAGGGUAAAACAAGAAGUAGACAUACUAAUCCUCCAAAUUGCAGGCCGCUCUCCUGAAUAGGUUUAUUUGACCUCCUUGUAAACUCAGACUGCCAUAAUAUAUUAUACAGUAGUCCUUCGUUGGGUCAUCAAAACUUUCACACGCACAUAAUAUACUAUCAGAAUUCACAAGAUUUUACAUGGCAGGUUUGUUUGACAAGCAGGCAUCUAUAUAUGUGGAUGCAAGGCCAAGAUAUCCAAGCGAAUGGUUCUCAAUGUUGGCUGCUCUCACCCCUCACCACUGUUUAGCUUGGGAUGUUGGUACUGGCAAUGGUCAAGCGGCUGUUGGUGUGUCGGAGCACUACAAGCAAGUGAUAGCAACUGACAUAAGUGAAGAACAACUAAAGCAUGCCAAACCACACCCCCAAAUUCGUUACUUGCAUACCCCAUUAACAAUGUCCGAUGAUGAACUAGUGACAUUACUUGGGGGUGAAAAUUCAGUUGAUCUCAUUACUGUGGCCUCAGCUGUGCAUUGGUUUGAUCUGGAAAAGUUCUAUCCAAUCGUCAGGCGUGUUCUGAGAAAUCCUGGAGGCAUACUUGCAGUUUGGUGCUACUCAGGAAUCCAGCUUAGCCCGGAAAUUGAUCUUCUCUUAAGGACCCACUUUGAGAGGACCUUUCCUUUUCGAAACCCAAACGUCAAGUAUGCAGUAGAGUGUUACAAGACACUUCCAUUUCCUUUUGAAAGUGUAGGUGUUGGGAGCGAGGGGCAGCCACUGGAAUUGGAGAUGCAAAAGGAGAUGUCUUUUGAGGGACUUUUGAAGCUUUUAAAGUCACUUUCAUCAUUUAAUACAGCCAAGGGACAAGGUGUGGAUUUACUGUCAGAAGAGGUUGUUAGAGAAUUUGAGAGUGCAUGGGGCGGGCCUGAAUUGGUUAGAACUAUUAUCUAUAAGACAUAUAUGCUUGCAGGGAAAGUUAAGCUCUGAAUGAAAGUGCUUAAUACAAUAGUGUUUCUUUCUUUAGAGGUUUGAGCAGGAUCCAUUAUACUACAAUGCUUGUUUAACAUUCAAGAAUAAAUCAGUAAUAUUGAUGUAUCAGUACGUUGCCAAUUUCAGUGUGGUACUUGGAUGUAUAAAUAUGAUGUUGAAUUGUUCAA